AUGUCCGUUCCCUACAGCAUCAAGACCCUGGCCGUGGCGGGCACCGACAAGCAGCCCAAAGCCAGCGACAAGAUCCCCAUCAUCGCCCGGCCAUUCGUCAGCGAUCGAGCGAAGAAGACGCUGGACAUUGUGGAGAAAUUCGUCGAAGAAGAAUGCAUCCCCGGCGAUGCCGUGUUCUCCCAACAGCUCGGGUUGACCCCCGACGCCCGCUUCAGAGCACACCCGCCCAUUCUCGAGGACUUGAAGAAGCGAGCCCGCGAGCUGGGCUUGUGGAACAUGUUCCUGCCUAAGAACCACUUCAAGGAAGGCGCGGGGUUCAGCAAUCUGGAAUACGGCUUGAUGGCGGAGUACUUGGGCAAGAGCGGGAUUGCGUCGGAGGCGACGAACUGCAACGCCCCGGACACGGGCAACAUGGAGGUGUUUGCGAAGUACGGGACGCAGGCGCAGAAGGAUCGGUGGUUGAAGCCGCUGCUGGAGGGCAAGAUUCGCAGUGCGUUCCUGAUGACCGAGCCGGAUGUGGCGUCGUCGGAUGCGACGAACAUCAGCCUUACCAUGGUCAAGGAUGGCAACGACUACGUGCUGAAUGGGGCGAAGUGGUGGUCGUCGGGUGCGGGUGACCCGCGCUGCCAGAUCUACAUUGUGAUGGCCAAGAGCGAUCCGGGCAACAAAAAUGUCUACCGCCAACAGAGCGUCAUCCUCGUGCCCUUUGACACGCCGGGGGUGAAGAUUGAGCGCAUGUUGUCGGUCAUGGGCUACGAUGACGCCCCGCACGGACACGGACACGUCACCUUCACCAACGUGCGCGUGCCCGCCUCCAACCUCAUCCUCGGCGCCGGACGCGGCUUCGAAGUCAUCCAAGGCCGUCUCGGCCCGGGACGCAUCCAUCACGCCAUGCGCUCCAUCGGCGCGGCGGAGAGGGCGCUCGAGCACUUCCUCGCGCGCAUCAACGACCCGCGCAAGAAGCCGUUCGGCAAGCAACUGCACGAGCACGGCAUCCAGCUGGAGCGAGUGGCGCGCUCACGCAUCGAAAUCGACGCGGCGCGCCUGCAAGUGCUCAACGCCGCCAUCAUGAUCGACAGCAAGGACGCCAAGUUUGCGCUCAAGGAAAUCGCCGAGGCGAAGGUGCUCAUCCCCGAGAUGGCGCUGACGGUCAUUGACCGCGCGAUGCAGGCGUACGGAGGCGCGGGCGUGAGCCAGGACACGCCUUUGGCGCGCAUGUGGGCGAGCGGGCGGACGAUGCGGAUUGUGGACGGGCCGGACGAGGUGCACUUGCUGCAGCUGGGCCGCAACGAGAACAAGCGCGGCCCCUUCCUGCUGGAGAAGGUGGAAUGGCAGAAGAAGCGGGGCGAGGAGAUGGCGAAGAGCUAUGGCUUGCAGAACAAGGACGUGCUGCAGCUGGAUCGGGAGUGGUCGAAGGAGAAGUCGAAGUUGUAG